AUGACGUGGAUGGGUUGUUUAAAUUUGAUGAAAUCUUUGGAAACCAUGAGAAUUUUGCUCAGGGGAGUAGAUUUACCAUUACCUCUAGAACUAUGUGUUCUAAUUUUGCUGUAA